ACUUUUGUGUAGACAAUAGCGGUAGUCCUACUCGCCUGCAUUGCAGGUUUCAUACUACGUAGGGGCCUGAGCUUACACGUUUCUGUCAAAAAUAACGUCAUUCACGAUGCGCAUGAACGCAUUGAGAUGUCCUACUGACGAGCUUAGUCUCACCAAUUGUGCUAUCAUUAAUCCUGAUGAUUUUCCAGAAGAUGUCAAACACAUUGAAGUAAUUACCGACCCGAAUCAUCAUUUUGUCUUUACUGUAAAACGUCAUCAGGAUGUACCUAAUGGAGCAGUCGGAUUUAGCUUACCUCAACGCAAGUGGGCUACUCUAUCUCUUGGACAAGAGAUCGAAGUUCGACCUUAUUACUUUGAUCCGACAUCCAGUUCAGAAUGCUUAUGCAAUAUCACCUUGGAAGCUGACUUUUUACAAAAAAAGUCUACAUCAUUGGAACCAUAUAAUACAGAUGAGAUGGCCAAAGAUUUUCUUUUACGCUUCUCGGGACAGGCAUUCACCGUUGGUCAGCAGCUGGUAUUUCAGUUUAAAGAGAAAAAAAUGCUUGGCCUUGUAGUUAAAAGUUUAGAAGCUGCUGACCUUUCUGCGCUUAAAUCAGGACAGAAUCCAACGCCUAAGAAAACAGAAAUGGGUCGUUGCUUGGGUGAUACCAUGAUACAGUUUGAAAAGGCUGAAAAUUCCAGUAUAAAUCUGAUUGGAAAAGCAAAGGGAAAAGUAGUUAGACAGUCAAUUAUUAACCCAGAUUGGGAUUUCCAAAAGAUGGGGAUUGGUGGUUUAGAUAAGGAAUUCAGUGCUAUCUUUAGAAGAGCAUUUGCAUCAAGAGUUUUCCCCCCAGAAAUUGUAACUCAAUUGGGUUGCAAACACGUUAAGGGUAUUUUACUUUAUGGCCCACCAGGAACAGGAAAAACAUUGAUGGCAAGACAAAUAGGUAACAUGUUGAAUGCAAGAGAGCCAAAAAUUGUUAAUGGUCCACAAAUUUUGGAUAAAUAUGUUGGAGAAAGCGAAGCUAACGUUAGACGAUUAUUUGCCGAUGCGGAAGAAGAAGAAAAGAGGCUUGGUCCAAACAGCGGAUUACACAUUAUCAUUUUUGACGAAAUCGAUGCUAUUUGUAAGUCUAGAGGCAGCGUAGCUGGUAAUACAGGAGUACAUGAUACGGUUGUCAAUCAGUUACUUGCAAAAAUUGAUGGCGUCGAACAAUUAAAUAAUAUACUUGUUAUUGGUAUGACCAAUAGACGAGAUAUGAUUGACGAAGCUCUAUUACGUCCUGGUCGAUUGGAGGUACAAAUGGAAAUCAGUUUACCUGAUGAAAAUGGAAGAUUACAAAUUCUUAACAUUCAUACAUCUAGAAUGAAGGAUUACAAGAAAAUAUCACCAGAUGUAGAUUUAAAAGAAUUAGCAACAAAAACGAAGAAUUUCAGUGGUGCUGAACUCGAAGGUCUAGUAAGAGCUGCACAAAGUACAGCCAUGAACAGAUUAAUCAAAGCUUCUAGUAAAGUCGAAGUAGAUCCAGCUGCAAUGGAAAAACUUAUGGUUUCUAGAAGUGACUUUUUACACGCUCUUGAAAAUGACGUUAAGCCGGCAUUUGGUACAAGCGCGGAAGCUCUUGACCAUUUACUUAUUCGUGGCAUUAUUAAUUGGGGAAGACCGGUUACCGAAAUUCUAUCAGAUGGUUUGCUUUAUAUACAAGAAGCACGCGCUGCAGAAGGUUCAGGUCUUGUCUCGGUUCUCUUAGAAGGACCUCCUAACAGUGGAAAAACAGCUCUUGCAGCACAAAUUGCUAAAAAUUCCGACUUUCCAUUUGUUAAGGUUUGCACUCCAGAAGAUAUGGUUGGAUUUACCGAAUCAGCUAAAUGUCUAUUAAUACGGAAGGUAUUCGAUGAUGCAUAUCGUUCGCAACUCAGUUGCAUUUUGGUUGACAAUAUUGAACGUUUAUUAGAUUAUGGUCCCAUCGGGCCACGUUAUUCGAAUUUAACGUUGCAAGCGCUUCUUGUUUUGUUAAAGAAGCAACCACCACGUGGUCGUAAAUUAUUGAUUCUUUGCACUUCAAGUCGCAGACAAGUAUUAGAUGAUAUGGAAGUAUUGUCAGCAUUCAGUAGUACCAUUCACGUACCUAAUUUAUCUACACCCGAACAUCUUUUGAAUGUCUUAGAAGAAGUAGAUUUAUUCUCGAAGAAAGAAAUGGCAUCUUUACAUGGAAAACUUCAAGGGAAACGUAUAUUUAUCGGUAUAAGGAAAUUAUUAGGCCUGAUAGAUAUGGCUCGUCAAGUAGAGCCCAGCUACAGAGUACCAAAAUUCCUCUCGAAAUUAGAAGAAGAAGGUGGAUUAGAAUAAAAAUAAAACAAUAACACAACAAAGAAACUAUAUAUUCUGAAUUCUAACUGUGUAGUAUUCAUAGGUAUUUUUUUGCAACGAGGAGGAGACAAAACUGACAAGAUCAGUAACGCUAACAAUUUAAUAUAUCUUUGUAAAAUGGUUAUUAUGAUGCAUUAGCAAAAGUUAACAAAUAUCUUCCAUCUUAAAUGGUAUUAUCUAUUUUUGAUACCAUUUAAACGAAAGGAUGUAGAUAUAUUUAUAUUUAUUUGAAGUUAAUUUCAUUUUAUAGGACUGCCAUCAUCUCUCGGUCAUACAGAUUCUGGCUUCCAAAGUCGAUCACGUUUUGAAGUAACGUUUAUGUUUUAUUAUGUCUCCUAUAAUAUAUUUUAUUUUUACAUUCCUAGAAUAUAUGAUUUGUGACGUAAUAAAUAAUAUCGAUAAAGUUUGAUAAUAAUCAUUUAUAAGAACAUUAUAAGUACUUCCGGAAAGUAUUUUUUUAUAUCUCUGUUUAUCAGAUGACCUUUUAACUUGCAGUGAUUAUUCAUCGGCAGAAAUAAAUGUUGUAACAUUCAUUUUUAAUCAAAUACUGUUAGAUUUGUGCAUAUAGUUGCUUCUAUAUUAUCUUAUAAUUAUUGUUGCUUGAUGAGAACUAUCAAAAAAUGACGAACGAAUUACAUUCAUAAAAUAUAUAAGAUAGAUCGAUUUUAUAAAUAUUCUUUUACUUACUUAUUCUUUAUUUUGACUAACAAUAAGACUAAGAACUAUCAUAUAUUUAAUUAAUAGAAAAACAGAAAUGUUCUUUCAAAAUUGAUCGAUUUCGUAAUUGAUAAAAUGGAAACAGAGUCUCUGAUAAAAUAAACUUAAAUAAUUAUUUAAUUGCAGAUUAUAAGAUUAAUAAUAGUAGUUUAUUAAUAAAUAAUACAAGUUAACAAGAUUUUGUUUAAAAAGAAGUACCUAUUAUAGAAUUGAUUUAGCUUUGACAAUUGUUAUUCUUAAGCUGUUGUAAAAUUGUUCAAUUUCUAUAUAUCUUUUUGUGUGUGUGUGUGUGUACAAAUUUGCAAUAGUAUUGAAAUAUUUAAUGCAACUAUAGGCAAUGUCUUUCUCCUUGCAAUAUAUAACAAAUGUACAAAUGAUAAUGGAAAAAUGUAAAAAAAGAAAGGAGUUAUAUCCCUGUUACAACAGAUAUAAAUACGUAUAUAAUCCAUACGUAUAUAUAUCAAUAAAUACAUUUAUGAUAAUUAAAAGUAACAAUUAACUAUAUGCAUAUAUAUAUAUAUAUAGAAUUGUUGCUGUAUAACUCGUUAACGAUUGAAAAAUGCAAAUAAUUAUUCCUUUAUGUAGUAAGUGUAUGUACAACUUAUACUUGCUCAAUGUACAGGUAUAGGAUAAUUUUUCUAUUUAUUUCUUAUAUUAU